AUGCUAGUCGAGCGAGGAGCCAAUAUCAACGGCCAGGAUGGAUUCUACAAAAAUACGCUCCAGGCUGCUUCUUCUAGAGGACACGAUAAGAUCGUGCAGAUACUACUAGAGCGAGGAGCUUGUGUCAACGCUCAGGGUGAAUUCUACGGAAAUGCGCUCCGGGCAGCUUCUUCUGGAGGACACGAGAAGAUCGCGCAGAUGCUACUAGAGCAAGGUGCUAAUGUCAACGCCCAGGGCGGAUUCUUCGAAAAUGCACUCCAGGCAGCCUCUUCUGGAGGACACGACAAGAUCGUGCAGAUAUUGCUAGACCGGCGAGCGGAUCAAUCUGAUCAAAAGAUCACGAAGCUUGCAGAAUACACGGUCUAA